GAGACAUAGAGCAGCUACAGGAUGGAAGGAGAAGAUGUUGCUCUCCAAAUUGAAGGAUAUGGAGGUAGUGGAUACCAACCAGCCGAAUCCUUUGGAAUCAGUCCUUUACUGCAGACAGACCAUGAUGAAACCAGCAAUGAGGAAACGCGACUACAAAGACGGUAUAAUAAGCUAAAUCAGGAAGUUAUGCAGUUAGAAAGGGAAAUCAAUGAAUUGAAAGAAAUAGAAAACAAAGAAGAAAGAUACACCAGUGCCUCUCGUGAUGCUCGUAAGAUGUAUGGUGACAUUACACCUGGUGAUCAAACACAUCAAGACGUGAUACUGCUGUAUCAGAAUCAUUUCAAGAGUGCUUUCCGUAACAUGCCUAAAGAUCUCUAUCCUAAAGACCGGCCUCCUGAAGAUAAGGAUAAAUUUGAAAUAUGGCAGAUGUGUGGACACAUAUUUCAGGUGUGUUUUGAUGCAAUGAAGGAUGAUAUUAUUGCAACAAUGAAGAAAGGAAUGGAUGAUUCAUUUAAGAAAGAUUUCAAUGAUUCAGAAUGCAAACUGGACGAAAAUACAAGAGAUAUCUUUCGUGCCUUUAAAAUGAUAAUCUCACAAUUCAAUGCAGAAAAAGUGAAACAAAAAGUGAAGGAGAAGAUUCCACUAGAGCAAGAAGAGAUGUUUGAUUUUGUGUGGACUAUGAUCCAAACUCUUGAUCCAGUUGAUUAUGCAUCAUUCAUUGCUACAGGAGAACUUCAAGAUAGAAUCCAACUUCUUCGCAGACAAUAAACUUGAACUAUAUAAAUAUUACAUAGAUCUAGUGUCAACUGUAAUAUAUUACAUGAUUAGUUUUUCCAUUACUGAAGUUUUUUCAUUA